AUGGGAAAUUGUAUUUUUAAGUUUUCAGUUGACAAUUAAGGUAUGGACAUCAAAUAAUUUUAGCUUAGGAUAUUAUUAAAUAGGAGGAUUAAAUUAUUGAUUAAGCAAUCAAAGAGGAGAAUGGAUUAAAAUAAACAACUUCUAUAUAACCAAAAAUAAAUUACAAAUAAAUUAGUGGCCUCAAUUAGGAAAGCUCUGAAAGUCAAACCCCCAAUGUCUUUAAUUCUUAAUGUUCGAAUCCUCAAAUAAAAUAUCAAAAAGAUCUACAAUUAUCUCCAGAUCUAUUGAUCAGAAAAUAGAAGGAAGGCGAGAAAUUCUUAUUCCAUUAUGAAAUAAUAAGGAAAUUAGGCUAAGGAGGCUUUGGAUAAGUGUACUAAGUUAGACAUUUAAAAACCAAAUUGAUAAGGGCUGCAAAGGUUGUGGUCAGAUAAUCAGUCGAGAAUGAAUCUCUAUUAUUAUAAGAAACUGAAAUACUAAAAACCUUAGAUCAUCCAAAUAUAGUGAAAAUUCUUGAAAUUUUCAGUGAUCACCAACAUUUCUAUAUAAUCACUGAAUGUUUAGAUGGAGGGGAACUCUUAGACAGAGUCAGGACAAUUACUAAUUAUUCAGAAGAAAUGGCAAAAAUAUAUAUGAAAUAAAUAUUGUCUGCCAUGAUAUAUUGUCAUGAGAGAAAGAUUGUCCAUAGAGACCUUAAAGUAUGAUAAAUAUGAUAUUUUCCAGCCUGAAAACAUAAUAUUUGAUACCUUAGACAUCAAUUCGAAUUUAAGAGUUAUCGACUUCGGAGCAAGCGAAAAGAUGAUGUCCAAAAAGCUCACAACUAAAAUUGGCACUCCUUAUUAUUUAGCCCCUGAAAUUCUUAAAUCCAAUGGAUACGAUGAGAAAGUGGAUGUUUGGUCAUGUGGUGUGAUUCUUUAUGUAUUAUUAAUUGGAAAGGCUCCAUUUAGAGGAAAAAACCAAUAUGAAACUUUGCAACUAGCCUAAUAAGCAAAAAUUGAAUUUAAUGGUACUAUAUAAUAAAGCAUUAAAAAGCAUAGAUUACUGAAAGGAUAAGCCAAGAUGCUCUUGAUUUGAUUAAACUCAUGAUUGAAAAAGAUCCAAACAAAAGAAUUUCUAUGAAGGAGGCAAUGAAUCAUAGUUGGAUUUAAAAGGAAUCUUAAAAGAGUUUCAAUUUUGACCAAACCUUUUUCAGAAAUAUCACUUAAUUUAAAGGGUAUAAUAAUUUAAGAGUGGCAAUCUAUCAAUUUAUUACAGUAUAAACAGUUAAAAAAGACGAAUGUGAAAAAUGUUUAGAGGCUUUUAAAAGACUUGAUAAAAACGGAGAUGGUGUAUUAUCUGAAGAAGAAAUACUUCAAGGAAUGCUCAUGGUCAAUAUAAAUUAAAUAUCUUCCUAAAAUAUGAUAAAAGAGAUUAUGAGUUAAAUGGAUACCAAUGAUUCUGGAAAAAUUGAUUUUACUGAGUUUAUAACUGCUUCAGUUAUGUAAGAGAAAAGUAUAUUGAAAGAAAGUCUGAGAGCUGCAUUUAGGCUAUUUGAUUUAGAUGGUAAUGGUACUAUUUCAAGAUCAGAAAUACAAGAGAUUUUUGGUGGAAUUUAAAUUGAUAAUAAUGCUUGGUAAGAAAUUUUAACUUCUUGUGAUGAUAAUAAGGAUGGCUUAAUUGAAGAGAAUGAAUUUCUUGCUUUAUUAGAGAAUUUAUAAUGA